GGGAAAAUUGAGAAUUAUCAGGAAGAAAAUCUCAUUAUGGCACCAUCGGGAAGAAAGCAUGGAGGAAAAGCUGGUAAACCGGCGCAGGAAGAUCAAGCCAUACCCGCCUACGACUUUCAGGAGGAAAGAAAAGAGCUGAGUGGAUCAGAGGAAGAUGUUAGAGAAGGCGAAACACCAGUAAUGGACAAGCAUGGAAAGAAAAGACCUUUGGUGGCCACUCAUGUGGUUCCAGAUGAUGUGGGGGGUGAAGUACAGAAUAUGCUGGAAAGAUUUGGAGCUGACAUUAACAAGGCUCUCUUAGCUAAGAGGAAACGAUUAGAAAUGUAUACGAAAGCCUCGCUCAAAACCAGUAACCAGAAGAUUGAACAUGUUUGGAAAACACAGCAGGAGCAAAGGCAGAAGCUCAAUCAUGAGUUCUCCCAGCAGUUCAUGACUUUAUUUCAGCAAUGGGAUGUAGAUGUGCAGAAGGCAGAGGAGCAGGAAGAAAAACUAGCGAAUAUGUUUCGUCAGCAACAAAAAGUUUUUCAACAGGCAAGAAUAGUUCAGAGUCAGAGACUGAAAACCAUUAAGCAACUCUAUGAGCAAUUCUUAAAGAGCAUGGAAGAGCUGGAGAAGAGCAAUGAAAAUCUUCUAGCCGGUGCGCAAAGUGAACUUCGCAAAGAAAUGGCUAUGUUGCAAAAGAAGAUUAUGAUGGACACGCAACAGCAGGAGAUGGCAACCGUUCGCAAGUCUCUUCAGUCCAUGUUAUUCUGAUGGCUCAGUGGAGAAACAACUUGUACCUAAGUAACAUGAUACAAGUAUAGGCAUUAGCC